AGGGUCAAGGUUCAGUCAAAUGCAGCACGCCUCGUACAUACAUUCGCUAUCGACAGCAAUGCAGACACCCUAGGGCCUAAGGGAUCGACUCGCCUUACAAGCCUGACAUGGCUCGACUGCCGGCGUCAACGCCAUGUCAAAACACCAGCCUCAAUUGCAACAGCCCCCGAUUCCAGGCUCUCUCUCGGGGCGCUGCCUACGCCCAGACACACCCCAGCCCCUCUGGACUGAUGAUGACACUUACAGCUUCCCCAGUGGCUGCAAACAUGGCGCCGUUUGCCCCGGUCUUGUCCUCUUCUCCCUGCUCCAAGCUCCACGCCCAACAAACUUGGCACUGCCUCUUACAUAGUACAUGGUGCCCCGAUGACGACGAUGGACCCCCGUUGCUCCCGUUCCACCCGAAACGCGCUUGCUGGGUGAUCUGGCAGAUCUGGCCUGGUCUGGCCGUUUGUUGUUGACCUAAUGUGCGAGGCUAAUCUUCCCCGCCUUGGUCUAGAUAAUGCUUUGGAGAACCGUGAGGAGACGUCGGUCACCUCAACCCAAUCAAUCAAUUGCUCCAUGGCGUGCGUGGUGACAAGAGUCACGGUUGCAUUGCAUUCAAUGUAGG